AUGAGUAACAUCGUGGUCUUAAAAAGUUUCUUAAUUAGCUUGGCAGGAAGUGAUCUUAGAUCCAAUGAAGAAGGGCUCAUUGACCGCUACAUGAACUCUUUUUACUUGACGGAUGCGUCCAACAUGCUACUGGUACUACACAGCGCUACAAACUGGUUACUCUUUUAUAAAUUUCCGACAAUUUCAAAGAAUAGUCGUCGUCUUGCUGGAAUGACUCUUACAUCCUCAUAUCGGGUGGUGCCAGUGAGGCCACGCGUAGCAGAAUUUGUUUUAAGAAGAAUUACACCUGCAAAAAGAUCUAUAGGAAUGGAGAUUUUAACAAAGGUCUCAACAAUUUCUACCUUCCUAAUAAAAGCUCAAACCAUCGAUUCAGAUUUGCUCAACGAAUCCAGAAAUGGUUCCAAUCAUUGUGGACACACAGAAGACAUUGCCUGA